AUGUCAGACGAGAAGUUAAGGGGAGCGAGGGCAGACCCUGCUGCUGCUCCUGCUGCCAACAGUGCUACUGUUGCGGAUGGCGCGGAGACAAAGUUGGCUGUGCCACGCAGUUUGGACCCAGCGCUGAUGAAGCAUCCGCUGCACUCGCCGUGGACCUUGUGGUAUGACUCUAUUUCCACGUACGACAGUGAGCGGUGGGAACUGUCCUUGGUGGAGGUGAUGACGGUGCAUACCGUGGAGGAGUUUUUUGUGAUGUUGCACUACUGCAAGCCGCCGCAUGUGCUUCGUCUUUCGGCCCAAUACCACUUCUUCCGUGAGGGUGUGAAGCCGAUGUGGGAGGAUCCGAGGAACAAAGACGGCGGGAAACUGUGGUUUGGCCUGGAUGACAAGAAAGUUGGAGAUGCCGGAAAGAAGUGGGAAAGUGCCACCACGGGUGCUACUGCAGGUGGAGAGAAGGACGGCACAAAUGCCGGUAACACCAAUAGCAGUAGUAAUCACGGUGCCAAGGCCAAGAAGGACGAGCAUGAGGCAGAAAAGAAGCCUGAGUUCGACACAAUGUGGGAGAAUUUGCUUAUGGCUUUGGUGGGGGAGUACCUUGACCCGGAGCCGGAGGGGGAGCACAUCAUGGGGUUGGUCUUGUCCAAGCGCAAGUAUCAAAACCGCAUUGCCCUUUGGCUGCGUGACGCCUCCGCCAACGAGGCGGUUGCCAGGAUCGAGAAGAAACUAGUGAAGGAGGCCGGCCUGCCGCCGUCGGUGAAGAUAAUCUUCACUCCUCACAGCACCGGGAAGUCGUAG